AACACCCUUUUCACCGAAACAUCUCAACACGUGGCAUAUCUAAUCAUAUUUUUUCUCAAAACCCUCUUUCUCUACCUAAAACCUUGAUAUUCAAAGCUCUCUCUCUCUCUCCCCCACAGAGACAAGCUCCAUGUGGAUCACUAAAAAGAUUUAGAAAUUAUGGGUUUUUGAUAAAUAUUGGAGAUUAAGCCUGUAGGGUGAUUUUGGAUGAUUGGUGAUUAAUCUAAUGUGGAUUAGGUUGGUGGUGAACCUUCUUUUUUUGGCUGGUGAGAAAAUGGAAGAAAAUGGGAUUUUUCGGGGUUUUGUUUUCUUUGGCUGUUAAGUUUUUGAUAAUGGAAACUUGGUUUAGAUGAUCCAAGUGGUUAUUAGUGGAAUGAAUGAUUUCUUAAGCAUUGAAAUAUAUGGAAUUUGAGAUUGUGGUUCAUUUUCUGUUACUGAAUUUGCUGAGCCAUUGAAGAGAACAUCAGGAUUUUGGAAUUCAGGAAUAAGUGUGUUGACAUGGAUAAUUCGGGUUUGAGGGGUCGUUUUUUGUCUGAUUCAAGUGGUGGUUUGUUUGACCUCGAGUCACCGAUUCAUAGACACCAACAAUCUCAGUUAGGUCAUCCCUCACUAGCGCACCAACAUCAGAUGAAUGUAAUGGGUUGUUUUGAUAAUGAUCACCAACCAAGUGGGCUAAUGGAAAUGAAAGGUUCAACAUCAAAAGGAUAUUUGGUGAAUUUUGGUAAAGGAAGAGCUGCUAGUCCGUUUAACGGUGCACAUAGUGGCGAUGGGAGUGAAGAUGACGACCAGAGUUUUAUGGAAGAUGGGAAUGGUGAGAACUCUACUGGCGCUAAGGGCAAACAAGGGCCUCCAUGGCAGCGAAUGAAAUGGACAGAUAAUAUUGUUAGGCUUCUUAUUUCAGUGGUUGCUUGUGUGGGCGAUGACGAUACAUUUGAUGGUACGGGGGGGCUUAAGAGAAAAUCCGGGCUUGUGCAGAAGAAAGGUAAGUGGAAAACAGUGUCAAAGCUAAUGAUUGGCAAGGGGUGUCAUGUUUCGCCACAACAGUGCGAGGAUAAGUUCAAUGAUCUGAAUAAGAGGUACAAGAGGUUGAAUGAGAUUCUUGGGAGGGGGACUAGUUGUAGAGUUGUGGAGAACACCGCUCUUAUGGACUCAAUGCCUCAUCUUUCAGCUAAGGCGAAGGAUGAUGUCAGAAAGAUAUUGAGCUCGAAACAUUUGUUUUAUAAGGAAAUUUGUGCUUACCAUAACGGGCAAAGAAUACCCAAUUGCCAGGAUUUUGAUCUACAAGGUUGUUCAUUACCUCUUGAGAGGUGCUCAAAAGAUAUGAAUGGGUCAGGGUGGGAUGAAGUUGAGGGAAAUGAUGACAGUGAUGAUGAUGAAUCGAAUAAUGAAGCUGAUAAUAAUGCUGAUGAGAUGGGCCAGUUGUGUGAAAGGAUAGUGAAUGAAGAGCAUUCCCACCUUUGUUCUCAAUCAGGUAGGCAAAAUAGCUUUGGUGUUGAAAUGACAGCAAUUUUUCAAGACACUAAUGUAUCGCCAUGGGAGAGAAAGGAGUGGAUUAAGAAGCAGAGGUUGCAACUCCUAGAGCAAAGGGUCAACAUCAAGGCUCAAGCUUUUGAGCUUGAGAAACAACAGUUCAAGUGGUUGAGAUACUGCAGCAAGAAAGAUAAGGAGUUCGAGAGGUUGAGACUGGAGAAUGAGAGGUUGAGGCUGGAGAAUAGGCAGAGUGCAUUUCAACUGAGGCAGAAGCAACUGGAAAUGGAUUUGAGGAGUUCAGAACCAGCAUAUGACCCUACUUCCCUUGGUAUGGACAGAGUGCAAGGAAGCGAUCAAAUUGAUCUGGGCAGACAUCAUUAGCUUCUUUACAGAGGGAUUGACAGUUCACUCCUGGUAUCUUGUACGGCUAUCCCACAAUAUUUAUAGCAUCAUGUAAAUGAAAUUAACUAACAUCAUGUACCACAUAUAUUGUUUUAAAUUAACCUUAGGAGUGUUAGAGAAUUUCUUGUCUUUUGCUGUAAAGUGCAAAGCCUUUGUGCAACAGCUCUUUAUUGCU